CUCUUAAGCAACAUGAUGGAUUCAGAAGCUCAUGAAAAGAGGCCACCAAUACUAACAUCUUCAAAACAAGAUAUCUCACCUCAUAUUACAAAUGUUGGUGAAAUGAAGCAUUACUUGUGUGGCUGCUGUGCCGCCUUCAGCAGCAUCGCAAUCACAUUUCCCAUUCAGAAGGUCCUCUUUCGACAACAGCUGCAUGGCAUCAAAAUCCGGAAUGCAAUACUUCAGUUGAGAAAAGAUGGAUUUCGAAACUUGUAUCGUGGAAUGCUUCCCCCAUUGAUGCAGAAGACAACCUCGCUUACACUUAUGUUUGGUCUGUAUGAGGAUUUAUCCUGCCUUCUCCGCCAGCAUGUCAGUGCUCCAGAGUUUGCGACCCGUGGCAUGGCGGCAGUGCUUUCAGGGACUACAGAAGCGAUUUUCACUCCGCUGGAAAGAGUUCAGACAUUGCUUCAAGACCACAAGCAUCACGACAGAUUUGCCAACACUUACCAGGCUUUCAAGGCACUGAAAUGUCAUGGAAUUGGAGAGUAUUAUCGAGGCUUGGUGCCCAUUCUUUUCCGGAAUGGACUCAGCAAUGUCUUUUUUUUCGGCCUUCGAGGUCCCAUCAAGGAGUAUCUGCCUACCGCAACGACUCGCAGUGCUCAUUUGGUCAAUGAUUUUAUCUGUGGAGGUCUGUUGGGUGCCAUGAUGGGAUUCUUGUUUUAUCCAAUUAAUGUUGUAAAAACUCGCAUACAGUCUCAGAUUGGUGGGGAAUUUCAGUCUUUCCCCAGGGUUUUCCAAACAAUCUGGCUGGAACGGGACAGAAAACUGAUAAACCUUUUCAGAGGUGCCCAUCUGAAUUACCAUCGCUCCCUUAUCUCUUGGGGCAUAAUCAAUGCAACUUAUGAGUUCUUGUUAAAGGUUAUAUGA